AUGAGCAGUUCCUGCAGCCCUUUAUUUUCUUGGACCAUGUUUAAUAUUGUGCUAGCCUCUGAAACAGCCAUUCCACCUAAGAAGAACGCACAUUCAUACGUGCUCUACGCAUCCGAAACAACGGUCAUCAAGCCAAAAAUCAUAAUUCCCAUACCAACAGGUGUGUAUCUUUCCUUUCCAUCCGAUUAUUUUUUGUAUAUAAGCUCGCUAUCACAGAAAUUUGGUAGCAACGCGCAUGUUAUUGAUAGCGAUUACAGAGGUGAGAUCACUUGUAUAGUGCAAAGCAGGUGUAGUGAGCCAUUUGUGGUUGAAAGGGGCGAGCCGGUAGCACAGCUAGUUUUCUAUAAAAUUGUUUUGCCAGUGUUUGAUGUCAUAAAUAAUUAAAUGGCGGACCUAAC